AUGGACAACACUGUCGUGCACUCCCCUCUAACCCCUCUAGCUCAUGGCCCAACCACGUCGCCUACCGUCGGGUUUGUACGACUGCCCACACCAGAUUCCAAAGGCAACACGAUCGACAUGGAAUCGACUGCUCCCGUCGAAACACCGACGACACUGUGGAAAGAAGUCAAAGCCAACUUUGUGUUGGCGUUCCCAUUGAUCCUCUCCUCCGGCCUCAUGUUCAUCCCAUUCACAACUUCGACAGUCCUUAUCGGGCACAUGGACUCGGACAUGACGAGUGCAUACAUUGCAGCCUCGUCCUUGUCUGGAUUGGUGAUGAGCUUGACUGGGGUGUCCGUUGUCAUUGGGCUCCUCUCAGCUUUGGACACGCUGUGCCCUCAAGCUGUCGGAGCAGGCAAAUUGCACCAUCUUGGCAUGUACUUUCAAAGUGGUCUCAUCGUCAUGAGUCUCGCGUGCAUCCCAAUCUUCAUUCUCAACUGGAACGUCGAGGCCAUCUUGAUUGCCUUGAACCAAGAGCAUGAAAUUGCAGCCUUGGCCGGCGAAUUUAACAAAUAUGCGAUCCUUGGCUUGCCUGGAUUUAUUCUGUACGAGCUCAUGCAAAAGGGGUUGCAAGCUCAAGGCAUAGUCACUCAAAUGGUAUGGAUUUCGGCUAUCGACAACGUCUUGAACAUUGGAUUGGGCUACUGGUUGGGCUACCACACAAGCUUCGGCUUUGUUGGGGUCGCCUUGGGACGCACUAUUUGCUACAACUUGCUGCCUCUGUUUGCGUACAUGUACAUGUUAUGGAACCCCGUGCACAAACUGUGGUGGCCCGAGAGCCACUCGUGGAUGGCGCAGUGGCAAACGGCGUGGAAACACAUUCCAGAAUUCCUCAAGCUUGGCGUUCCUGGUAUGAUCAUGACGAUGGUCGAGCAGCUGGCAUUCGACGCGGCAUCCAUCACAGUGGGGUGGUUGCCAAGCGCUGUGCUGUCGUUGGCUGUCCACAACGUACUGCUUACGAUCAACGUGAUCGUGUACUCCAUUUCCAUUGGCGUGGGCACGGCCUGCUGCAUUCGCCUGGGCAAUGCGCUGGGAGCAAACGAACCCAACCGCGCCAGAGUCAUUUCCAACGCGUCGCUGGCUGCAACUGUCGGCAUUGUCUUGGUCGUGGCUGCUGUAUUUGUGGCUAGUCACAGAUAUGUGCCCGGCUUGUUCCUCAACGAUCCCGACGCUAUCGAGGCGUUCCAAGGUGUUGUCGCAAUCUUUGCAGGGUUCAUUGUCGUUGAUGGGUUGAAUUCCACGAGCCAGAGCAUCUUGCGGGGCAUGGGGCAGCUGACGAUCGGGGCGAUCGUGAAUGCUAUCGCCUUUUAUAUCGUGGGGCUGCCAUUGGUGGGGCUGUUCGCGUUCCAGUUCGAGUGGGGGCUGCAAGGCACUUGGCUUGGCCUCUCUGUUGGUCUCACUCUUGGCGUUGGGGCAUAUCUCGUGAUCAUUUAUCGCUCGGACUGGCAAGCUCGAGCGGACGAGGCUAUUCUUCGCAACGAAGACGAAAAGGACGACAUCGCAGAGUAG